UUUAUUGGAUUGUAGCAUAGCAACCACAUGAGCAUUGGAUAUUACAUUACACAAACGUCAUCAUAUUUGUUGGCUCUAAAAGAUGCAGCAUUCAAAUAUCAUCAAACUUUUAAUAUUACUACUCAACUGUGUGUGCGUCCUGUCAGUUGGUAUGUACUCCACAAAUUCAGCAAAGUUUUGCUACGAGAAGGCUUCUUGCGGGCCUAAUAGUAAUGCUUGGGGUGGUGAGUGCAAAACCGGUACAAAACAAAGUCCAAUAGAUUUACCGUAUGUAUCGAGUCGAAGCAUGCGACGCGUUAAGUUGGAGUUUACUAAAUAUUAUUAUAGUGAUGAAUUUUGGAUUAUCGAUAAUGGGCACACGAUAAAAGUGACUUUGACGCAACAGCAACGCCCAAAGGCCAGAAUGUAUGGCUACGAAUUUUGCUCUGAAUACAUUCUUGCUGAGAUUCAUUUCCAUUGGGGCUACAAUGCAUCGACUGGGUCCGAGCAUUCGAUUAAUAACAAAUUUUAUGCUAUGGAAGCACAUCUGGUCCAUUUUGACUCAAAAUAUUCCAAUUUAACUGUGGCUGCCGCAUCACGCGAUCCUUCAGCGUUGGCAGUCUUGGGUGUUUUCAUUGCAGAAGGAAGUGAGUCGAAUUAUAAUUCAGGAUUCGAGACCAUUGCCGACAAUAUUCCGCAGUCCAUUGGCAAAGCAGCACAUAUCCAACAAAAAAUCAAUCUUUCAUCAUUUUUACCGAAAAAGAAACAACCUUUCUAUCGUUACUAUGGUUCAUUGACGACACCAGAGUGCAACGAAAUUGUUGUAUGGACCGUCGUAGCGAAGCCUAUUUACGUGCAACCUUCACUCAUCCAGAAAUUUAGAGAUGUGAAACAUAUCGGAUCGAACUACCGACCAAUUCAAAAACUUGGACAAAGAACUGUAAAGUAUCUUGCCAAGCAAUAGAUCGGAGAGCGUUUAUUUGCCCGACGGUUUCCGUAGAUUUGAUGCAUCCUCUCAUUAGACGUUAUCAACGACACAGUUGUAAAAUUGUAAAUAUGUUAGCUACUGUCAAAUCCUUUUUUAGUUGGAAUAGUAAAAUCGAUAGAUUUCAAUCAUCGUUCACGAUAAAAUAGUCAAUCG